CAUGCCGAACUUCCAUUGGUUGAUGGCUUUUUCCAUCGCACGUAUAAAUUCAAUUAAAUGAAUUACAGGUUUACUUGUUAAAAUGAUGAAGAUUCGACUUGGUUGCAUGCUCUUGUGUUUUGUGGGGGCGGCCUUCGGCCAAAGCAAUACGCUAAGCCUUACCCCGAACACCGGAAGUAGUUUGGACUUAUUUUCUUUCCCCUCACAGAAUUUCGGAACUGGACAAACUCAGGGCACUGAUUCAGCUGUUAAUUCCGGACUGCAGCCUGUGAAUUCCGGACUACCAGGUUCCAAUACCAACAACCUAGGGACUCAGUCCGCAGGGUCCCCCGGGUCGUCAAAUAUUGGGUCAUUACCAGUGUUUUCCUCAAUUGGCGGCACAACAGGAACACAAAAUAAUGCUUUUGCUUCACAGGCAGGUACCCCCACACAAACAACCACAUUUGGUCAGGGUCAGUCAGGAUUUACCAAUGGAAUGCAGGGAGCAAACGGAUUCCCGCCAAAUCAAGGUAUUCCUGGUCCUAUGAAUCAGGGAUUCCCAAACCAGUUUAGACCACAAGGGGUGUUACCUGGACAACCAGGAUUUAAUGGACAACCUGGUUUAAAUGGACAGCCAGGAUUCAAUGGUCAACCCGGAUUUAACGGACAACCAGGAUUUAACGGACAACCCGGAUUUAAUGGACAACCUGGUUUAAAUGGACAGCCAGGAUUUAAUGGUCAACCUGGAUUUAACGGACAACCCGGAUUUAAUGGACAACCUGGUUUAAAUGGACAGCCAGGAUUUAAUGGUCAACCUGGAUUUAACGGACAACCCGGAUUUAAUGGACAACCUGGUUUAAAUGGACAGCCAGGAUUUAAUGGUCAACCUGGAUUUAACGGACAGCCUGGAUUUAACGGACAACCUGGAUUUAACGGACAGCCAGGUUUUCCUGGAUUUAAUGGCGGUCAAGGGGGAUUCCCCGGUGGUCCGCCAGGUUUCGGACAAAUGGGUUUUAACGGUGGACAACAAGGUUUCAAUGGCGGAUUUCCCGGACAACCAGGAAUGCCCGGUCAACCAGGGAUGCCAGGACAACCAGGGAUGCCAGGUCAGCAAGGGUUACCAGGACAACCAGGGGGUUUUCCCGGCCAGCUUCAGCCCUCAUUAAUCCCUGGGGGUCAGGGAACAAAUCAGGCUCAGUGCCAUCAAACAGAUUGCCCUGCUGGCCAGCAAUGUGCCUUCACCCCAACGGGCCCCGCCCAAGCCCAGUACAUGUGUCCUAAGUGGAUUCCUAUGCUUAGAUGCCAAUGCGUUGCAGGUUGUAGAGCACAGAACACCUUCAUCCCUUUCGGACAGUCCCGGCAGAUCGACCAGUGUGGCAAUGUAUGCACGUGUAACAACAGUCAAUCUGGAGAGGCCGCCUGCACUAUGAGAGCGUGCCCAGACCUCUCCGGAAAGAAGUGAAGAAAUCCAGAGGCGUGAUUCUGUCCCGUUAAGAUUCUAUAUUAUUUUGGGCCAGUCCCGUGCUGUUUAUUUCCAUCCGUUUGUGAUUUGUUUUUUACCGAUGUAUUUUAUAAUAAAUAUACUGUUUUUAUA